UUUUUCCUUUCCUUUUAGAAUAUGGUUUCUAGUUUUAGGGUUUCUGAGCUACAAGUGUUACUAGGCUUUGCUGGACGGAAUAAAAGUGGACGCAAGCAUGACCUCCUGAUGAGGGCGUUGCAUUUAUUGAAGAGCGGCUGCAGCCCUGCGGUUCAGAUUAAAAUUCGAGAAUUGUAUAGACGCCGAUACCCACGGACUCUUGAAGGACUUUCUGAUUUAUCCACAAUCAAAUCAUCGGUUUUCAGUUUGGAUGGUAGCUCUUCACCUGUAGAACCUGACCUGGCUGUGGCUGGAAUCCACACGUUGCCUUCCACUUCAGUUACACCUCACUCACCGUCCUCCCCUGUUGGUUCUGUGUUGCUUCAAGACACUAAGCCCACGUUUGAGAUGCAGCAGCCAUCUCCCCCAAUUCCUCCUGUCCAUCCUGAUGUGCAGUUAAAAAACUUGCCCUUUUAUGAUGUUCUUGAUGUUCUCAUCAAGCCCACAAGUUUAGUUCAAAGCAGUAUUCAACGAUUUCAAGAGAAGUUUUUUAUUUUUGCUCUGACCCCUCAACAAGUUAGAGAGAUAUGCAUAUCCAGGGAUUUUUUACCAGGUGGUAGGAGAGAUUAUACAGUCCAAGUUCAGCUGAGACUUUGCUUGGCAGAGACAAGUUGCCCUCAAGAAGAUAACUAUCCCAAUAGUCUAUGUAUAAAAGUAAAUGGGAAGCUUUUUCCUUUGCCUGGCUACGCACCACCACCUAAAAAUGGGAUUGAACAGAAGCGUCCUGGACGCCCUUUGAAUAUUACAUCUUUAGUUAGGUUGUCUUCAGCUGUGCCAAACCAGAUUUCCAUUUCUUGGGCAUCAGAAAUUGGAAAGAAUUACUCCAUGUCUGUAUAUCUUGUACGACAGCUCACAUCAGCCAUGUUAUUACAGAGAUUAAAAAUGAAAGGUAUUAGAAACCCUGAUCAUUCCAGAGCACUAAUUAAAGAAAAACUUACUGCAGAUCCUGAUAGUGAAAUUGCUACAACUAGCCUUCGAGUAUCCUUGAUGUGCCCUUUAGGGAAGAUGAGGCUGACAAUCCCAUGCCGAGCAGUGACUUGUACACAUCUACAGUGUUUUGAUGCUGCCCUUUAUCUGCAAAUGAAUGAGAAGAAGCCCACCUGGAUUUGUCCCGUGUGUGAUAAAAAAGCUGCCUAUGAAAGUCUAAUUUUAGAUGGGCUUUUUAUGGAAAUUCUCAGUGACUGUUCUGAUGUGGAUGAGAUCAAAUUCCAAGAAGAUGGCUCUUGGUGUCCAAUGAGACCGAAGAAAGAAGCUAUGAAAGUAUCCAGCCAGCCGUGUACAAAAAUAGAAAGUUCAAGUGUCCUCAGUAAGCCUUGUUCAGUGACUAUAGCCAAUGAGGCAAGCAAGAAGAAAGUGGAUGUUAUUGACCUAACAAUAGAAAGCUCUUCUGAUGAAGAGGAAGACCCUCCUGCCAAAAGGAAGUGCAUCUUUAUGUCAGAAACACAAAGCAGCCCAACCAAAGGGGUUCUCAUGUAUCAGCCAUCUUCUGUAAGGGUGCCCAGUGUGACUUCGGUUGAUCCUGCUGCUAUUCCGCCUUCAUUAACAGACUACUCAGUACCAUUCCACCACACGCCAAUAUCAAGCAUGUCAUCAGAUUUGCCAGGUUUGGAUUUUCUUUCCCUUAUUCCAGUUGAUCCCCAGCAGUACUGUCCUCCUAUGUUUUUGGAUAGUCUCACCUCACCCUUAACAGCAAGCAGUACGUCUGUCACCACCACCAGCCCCCAUGAGAGCAGUACUCAUGUUAGUUCAUCCAGCAGCAGGAGUGAGACAGGGGUCAUAACCAGCAGUGGAAGUAACAUUCCUGACAUCAUCUCAUUGGAUUAAAGGAGGACUCACUCGAUUCUAGGAAUCAUUCAUCAAAACUGCUCUUUCUUGGAUCUCUGGUCCGUGGAAGCUAUUUUUUUGAUAACAGUUACUUUGAUAUUUAUUGAAAUGUCAAAUGGAUUCUUCUGCUUUCUGAGACAUGAACACAGAUGACUGCAGCAAGAACCAAAUGACACGCAGGCUUUUCUCAUUCAUGCUGUACUCUGAGCAUCAGGUGUGUUCAGCCAUAACUGUAUCUUCUUGGGAGACGGAUUUCAGUUUCAUGCUACUGGAUGGAUUCUACAAAUCAGUUAAACAUUUUUUUUGUUGUAAUAAACAGCAAUAAAAUUAUGUAAAUGUUCAAGUAAACUUUUUCUAAUUAAAAAAAAAGGUGUAAUCAAUGAUUCUAAAAUGACAGCAACUUUUGUUUAACCUGGUGUGAAGGAAAAAUAUAUGGAAAGAAGUUAUGUUUGCCAAAUGAGUCAUUUCCACGGAGAUUUUUCUAUUUCGUUGAACUGAUGACGUCUUGAUAAGUGGCCAAAGCUUGGGUUCCACUCUUCUUCCCGAUUCCAUCAGAGAAAAGUGGCCUUUGUGUUAUGCAUUUUUCCCUGGUUGUCAUUUACACUUUGAUAUCAUUUGCUACUGAAUGCAGAGAGAAGUUCUAGGAUCUGGCUGCUCUUCAUCAGCAAGUACGUUGAACACUACGCAGAUUCUAUCCUGACAUCUUGUGUGUUAUUUUUGGUAAUUGAACAUUCUCAUUCUAGAGAUUUCUAUAAAUUUGUGGCUUGCCAUCUCAAAAAAAUUCUGUGCAGCUGUUGAAGGAAAUGUUUUUGGAGCAGGGUAACUGGAAUGUUGUUCAUACUGUCCAGAAAUAUUGAGAGCUUGGAGGCAGUGGAAGAACCAAUUUAGGGGCGCUGGGAAUAAAGAAGUUUAAUUUGUUCCUAAGAACUUCUUUUGCUCAUUUACUUUAUAGAAUAGUCAAAUCUUCGUUGAAACUUUCCAGAUUUUAGUAACACUGACCAAGAAAAUAGGUUUUAGAUAUCUGAUUAUAUUUAAAGAAAAAGCAAGUAGCAAGAGAUAGGGACAUCAGAUUUCCUUUUCCUUUUCCUUUUUUAAAAGAAAACUUUCUUCAAACCACAAAAGACAAAACAGAAAUGUUUGAAUUUAAGCAAGGAAGAGAUUAGAAGGAUAGGUCUGAACCCCACUUUAAAACGAUUUUCUUUUGCUUUGGUUGGCUUCCUAAAUAAUUUUCAAGUUCUCAAGGAGUUACUACUUCCCCAGUGUUUAACUUUCUCUGCCUAAGCUAUCUCUACUUUAAAGAUAAAGCCCUUUUUGUAAAAUGAGUUAUCCGAUUCUUAAGCUGAAGUGCCCAAAUGAAGAGCAUGGAUUUCAUUGAGAACAGGGAAGCAUUACUUCAGGGUUGGGACAGCUCCGGGGAGCUGACUUGUCAGUGCUCAGUUUUUACACCUCCUUAAGUUUUCAUGGCCUCUGUGCACCUUUUGCACUGAUUUAAGAUCACGUGAUUUUCUGUACCAUCCCUCCUUUGGCUACAUCAUCCCCUUAAUGUAUUACCCUUUUUGGAGAGCUGCUUAUUAUUCAAAUGUGGAAAAUAAACUUCUUGCAGUAGUUGCGCCAUAGUUGCCUGUUCUAUCUUGUCAUUAGAUCUCCAACCCAUGUUACAGUCCUUUAGUCCAGAUACAGAAUUUCUUCAUAGUAAAGUUUUAUGUUGCUGCUUUAAAUACAAUUUCUGUUAACUCUGUAAUCAGACAGAAAAAGUAACCUGAUUUGUGUGGUAUAAUUUGUUAAUAAAGAAAUGAUGUAUA